ACUGAUACCUGCACAUGCAGUUAACCGUUCCCCUUAGCAUCUGUAACACAAUCCCUCGGUGCUGCUCCUUUCUGUGAGACAUUUGCAUGUUUGGCAGAGAAUCUUCCUUAUUAUGUUCUCACGGCUGCUAGAUGCACUACACAGUGCUGUUUAACCCCACACAAACUACUGCUGUUUAACCCCACACAAACUACUGCUGUUUAACCCCACACAAACUACUGCUGUUUAACCCCACACAAACUACUGCUGUUUCUAAUCUGGGUUACUAGGUGUGAGUUAUUUACUGCUGGAGCAAGUACAGACAGACAGACAGACAUGAAGCAGGCAGCGAGUGCCUACAAAGCACGCAAUGAUAGCCUCCUGAUAUGCUGGAGCUGAGAGGCGUCCUGGUAACCAUUGACUACCAUUACACGCAGGCGGAACACAGAACGCCUAGAAGACGUGAUGUCACUUCCGGGACGCCACCGGCUAUGGCGAGGAGGCAGAACUUGUAAGGUGGAGGGUUUAAAAGGCAGAAGAAAUUUAUCCUCAUUGUCACUGUGUUUGCCAUCUUCAUAGUCUCAUUCAUAUGUCACCAGUGGAACGUUCUUGGGUGGGAUUUGAAAUCUGGAUUUGACUGCAGCAGGAACAACGAUGAAAACCCAGUUUCCCGCCUGGACCACCUGCAGGAAGUGAAGCUUGAGAGGAUGUUGUAUGAGAAGCCUUAUCCCACCAAACCCAAUAGAACAGAUGUUGCGGUGCUGACUCCCUGGCUUGCGCCAAUUAUCUGGGAAGGAAGCUUUAACAUUGAUAUAUUGAAUGAAUAUUUCCAUAGAAAAGGUGUUCACAUCGGUAUAACAGUGUUUGCUAUAAAGAAAUAUGUGAUGUUUGUAAAAACAUUCAUUGAAACAGCUGAACAGUUCUUCAUGGUUGGGCACAAUGUCACCUACUAUGUCUUCACUGAUCGUCCCAAUGACAUCCCUUUGGUUCCACUUAAAGAGGGGAGACACUUGGAAAUUCUGGAGGUCCCUGGAUACAAACGAUGGCAGGAUAUAACCAUGAGGCGCAUGCAGGUGAUUCGGGAUAAUUGCCGCCAAAGGUUCCUCAAUGAAGUGGAUUACUUGGUGUGUGUUGAUGUAGAUAUGACCUUUAAUGACCACGUUGGAGUAGAAAUCUUAAGUGAUGUGUUUGGUGCUUUACAUCCUGGCUUUUUUGGAGCAUCACGCCCAGCAUUUACCUAUGAGCGCCGACCUCAGUCUCAAGCUGGAAUCCCUGUUGAUGAGGGGGACUAUUAUUACGCAGGAGGAUUUUUUGGGGGAACAAUUGAGGAAGUCUACAAACUAACAAACUUCUGUCACAAUGCCAUGAUGACAGACAAGGAACAUAAUCUUGAAGCACUUUGGCAUGAUGAGAGUUAUUUAAACAAAUAUUUUCUUUAUCAUAAACCAACUAAGGUCCUCUCUCCUGAGUAUAUUUGGAACAUUUACUAUGGUAACCCGGCUGUGCUUAAGAAGAGAAGGUUUAAUUCUAUUCAGAAGGACUAUAGCCAAGUCCGUAGCAGAAGAUCAGUCCAGGAAAAUGUAAAUCACAAAACAACAGUUUGAGUUUCCCAGUUCAUAGUCUACUGUGCAAAACCACAGAAGAAAAUAAUAUAAUAUUUGUAUUGCUGAAGCAAGAUAAAUCUGUUUAAUCCUGGUGCUGUUUGUUGUUUAAUACACAUCUAACAACCUCUCUGCAAGGCAGUGGGGAGAAUUCCCAGAUCCGUUAUUUGCUGAUUCACCAAACUGAAGCCAGUACCUAUGUUCCCCUUGAGGUGUGUUCUUGGGAAGACAGUGUUAGCACCACAAAACAAUAAGAAAUUGUGUACAUGAUGGUUACUUUGUUUUGUUUUUAUUUGACAAUUUACAAGAAAUAAACCCAAAAGUCUAUAUUUCCAGAUCA